GAAUUUUUUCAGUCUCACGCCUACACUGUCGAUCUCAGCAAGCGGAAACAGAUUUACAACAUUGCUAGCAAAGUGAAAGCUGAAGUUGGCAAAGUGGAUAUCCUCAUCAAUAACGCAGGAGUCGUCACAGGCAAAAAGAUCUUCGAUUGCCCAGAUGAGUUAAUGGAGCUGACAAUGGCUGUAAACACUCACGCUCUAUUCUACACCACGAAAUCAUUCGUACCAGGAAUGAUGGAAGCUAAUCACGGUCACAUCGUGACAAUCGCGUCCAUGGCCGGAAAAGUCGGAGUAUCUGGACUGGUGAGUGCCUCUGUUUAUGGCAUGGAUCCUAUCGGUUUACUCACCUCUCACUAA